AUGUCUCUAUUUACGGCAGCUCUCCAUCCUAAUGUCGGGCUAGGGUUCCUUGUGCUUGGUGCUUCGCUUCACGAUAUCCUGACACGUCUUAAGGCCGAACCUCAACGUUUCCCCAAGCUGGACCUAACCUACUCUGCAACCCAGCCUGUUACGGAUCCCGUCGUCCUAGCCCUCCCCGCAAACGGUAUACAAUUACGCUUUGAUGGCCCUGAGCAGCGACUCCGUCUCAUUGAAGUCAUCGACUUCACCAAGAAUCGCAUCACCUACCAAGAAAAAGAUAUUGCCAAACCCCCACAAGGAACGUUGGGGUCUCCUAGGUUAGGUGGAGAUGCUACGACAGGCCCAGCAUUUAAGAAUAUCUAUCACCGCCUGUUUGGUCCGACAUAUGCUGGAGAAUAUAUUCCUCCAACUGACACAGGGAAUAGCAAUGCUGUGGGAACGUAUAUCUUGUCAUAUCCUGGCGUAGCAUUCAGCUUCCCAUUGCCGAAGUCAGCUUAUUCUCCAAAUAAAGACGUGGUGUCCUUGCUGUCUUCAUCUGCAAGUCAAACAGCCAGCUCUGUUGCGGUAUUCAGCGGGAAAUCUUGGGCUCAUGCUCGAGAGACACUUUGGGAUGAGAUUCUCCCCAGUGUUAAAUCGACAUUUCUGUUCAGUAAGAGUAAGGAGGUCGUCCCUGAUGAAAUAUCCCUAGUCAAGAUACACGGUGGUGGCAGGCUUCAGCUAUUCAAGAAAUGGACAAACUCGUCAGUCUGGAUUAACCUGGGAGAGACCACGCCGCAAGAUCUAGUGGCAGAACUUGGCCCGCCCGACGCCAUAUAUCGAAAGAACGACCAGAGGAUGUAUAUUCACAAGACGCGCACUGCAAGCCAUAGCAGGUCGAGGUCUAACGGCGGCGACUACAGGCGCCCCGACGAUCUAACCGACACUGACCAAUCUUCAGCCCACACUGGAUCCGACGACUCCGAAGAUGAGGCUAUCGAGGACGAAUUUAUUGGCAACGUAUCGGGAGAAUGCUUUUACAAUUACUUUUACUUGGGAUUUGAUAUUUUGGUUUCGCCACCUCAACCUGCUUCGCGGACACCACCGUCUCAGAUUUCCGGCAUGAAUGGAAAAGAAGUCCCCGGAGCGAACCCAUUCAAAAAUGGUACCGCGGAUCGAUUGGUGGCCACCAAGAUGGUUCUUCAUGCGAAUGUCCCGGGUUCGUACCCGUUCAAUCGACACAGGCGCUGCCGUUGGGAGAUCCAAUAUCUCGCAACUGAUGAUUCGUCCAAUAUCUUAAACUCGGAAACCUUGUUUGACGAGAUCGAGGAGCGGCUGAGGGAGGAGUGGAAAAGCACGUAUUCAUCAGAGGAAGAUGCUAAGAGACGCCAACGGGGGAUGGUGCUGAACAGAGGAUGGGGAGAUAGCCCCGGUAGCAGCUGCGAAUUUCUUGGAGGCUGGGAGGAUAGUAGUGGAGGAGUCGCCGCGAAGAAGUUUGACGGAAGCGAAGAUUCCACGACUACACUAUACGGAUUCCCGGGGAUGGUUUUCGAGGUUUUGAAGAAUGGGUUUGUUAGCGCGGUUACGGUUUACUAA